ACCGUUUGAGACACAGGAUCUGGUGGGACAGAUGAGGACGGAUGUGCCCAUCCAGGUUGAUCCAAAUCAACUCAUCAUUUAUCCCGGGUAUACCUUCUGUCCCACUGACGAAGAUGUCCUUCAUUACUUGAAGCAAAAAGCUUAUGGCAUUCCAGUUCUAAUUGAUUUCAUUUUGGAUCAAAACGUCUAUGAAGUCCCACCCUGGCAACUCAGAAGAGAUGUUCUAUAUCCUGUCGGUGAAGAUCAAAGUAUCUAUUACUACUCUCUGGUUAAACGGAGUGGUGUGACUUACAGCAGACUGAAGCGCACUGUUGGUGAUCAUGGUCAUUGGCAUAUGAACGGAAAGAGAACUGAUAUUUUCGAUGAUCAAGGCAAUGUCAUUGGUUACAAAACGGCGUUGAAGUUUCAUCAGGCCGACGGCUCUAGCAAGGGCCUACCUUCCGAGUGGCUUAUGACUGAGUUCAGACUCAAUUAUGACAAUGAUGGCGAUUCUUGCAAAUCACAAGGGUUGUAA